CGAGUUUACAUUGACUGGACUAUUUACUUGGAUUAUUAAAACAUUAUUUUAAAAUUUUCUAUUUACAUCUUAUGCUUUGACUACAUAUUCUAAUUUGGAUUAUAACACUGGAUAAUUAUGCAUAAAUCUCGUUCACGAACUUCUGGUGUAUAUCGAGUUGAACAUCUUGUAGGAAAACGAUUACGUGGGAAUCGUGUCGAAUAUCUAGUGAAAUGGAAAAAUUGGUCUGACGAGCAUAAUACAUGGGAACCAGAAAAAAAUAUUUUAGAUAAACGAUUAAUUGAAUCAUAUGAAAAACGUGAAAAACGUAAAAAAGCACAACAAGAAUUAAAUUCACGCGAACGAAGUGUUAGUUCUGAAAGUCAACAAUCUUCAUCUUUAAAUUCACCAGAUAAUAAACAACAUUAUGAUCAUCAACAUCAUGACAAUAUACGUAAAUCCAAAGACAGUUGUUUAUCAGUUAUGACAAGUCCAGAAAGAGUAUUAUGUUCACGUGAUACAAUGGAUUUUGAAAAUUCUCCUAUUGUUGUAUCAAAAACUUCCAUAACUUAUACUGAUCCAAUUCUUUCUACGUUCAUUACUACUGCGACUGCUGCUACAAAAAGUAUUUGUAAUAAUAAUGAGUCUGAUACUGUUUUGAAAACUACACCAAUAUCUAUACGAUCAUCAAAUUUAUCAAUAGAACCUAUCAUGAGUACAACAGUAAAUUCGAUUAGUUCACCACCAGUGAAUAUUGAAUCAAAUAAUAAUAAUAAUAAUAAUGAUUUAUGCUUUGAUCGUCGUUUUCGUCGAACAACUUUACUUGUUGCAGCUGCAUCUGCUUCUGCAGCUAAUGCAGCCGCGGCGUUGGCUCAGUCUAGAACAUCUGGAAAGCAAGCACAACAAUCUACUAAUAUUGUUCAUACAGAAUCCUCUCAACCUGUAAUCAGUCCGCCCUCAAUCGAUAUAACCAAAAAUAUAAUUACUACUACUACUAGUAGUAGCAGUGGUAGUGUUGGUAAUAGUACUAGUUCUACUACAAAUUCACUCACAACUUUGAAUGAAGAAAGACCAAAAAUUCGUUUAACUAUACCACGUGAUCGUAUAUUACCUUGUCCACCAGUAGGUGUAUCAAGUAAUUCAUCCAGUAAUAGUCAAAAUUCAUCUCAGUUAACUAGUAAUAGCUCUAUUGAAGAUUCAGAUCAUUCAUCUUUUCUCGAAUCAAAUACAUCUCUAAAACAGGAUGAUUCAAUCACUGCGACAACAACUUCAACAUCUGCAGCAACACAUUUUAUAGCACCUGUUGAAUUACCACGUAGAAGUAGUACAACUUUAUCACCACAUACAUUAAAUCCAACAGCUGGUAUGCGUCUUCCAGAUAUUCAGAUAGACAAUUCUCCACAAUCUUAUUAUACAGAUACAAUGAAUACAUUAAAUACUUGUAAAUCACCUAAAUGGACUAAACAAAUACCUUGUAGUACAUCAAAUAUUAUGCAAUUACCAAAACUACUUAUUUCAUCUGCUACUACACCAUUUGAUGUGAUUAUUUCUUCAAAAAAACGUCAUCGACAAAUGAGUUCUGAAAGUUGUCUAUCCUCUUCUCCAGGACAUGAUGAUGAUGAAUAUGAAUGUACGAAAAAACGUAAACAUUCACAAAAGAAAGAUAAACGUAAACGACGUCGUGAUCAAACUACAGAUUAUCAUUAUUUUCAUCAACAUCCACAUCAACAUCAUCAUCGUCAUCAAAAAAGUGGUUAUUCUUCAUCUUUUGAAGAUUACAAUAUGAAUAUGAGUAAAAUACGUCGACGUUCUGGUUCUUCCACCUCGUUAACAUCAUCAUUAUCUACUGAGAGUUUUUCACCGACUAUUUCAAAUAAUACAUCACCUAAUGAAGAUUUUCCACGUUUAGCUCCAUUACGUAUACAAUUACCAAGAUCAUUGACGACAGCACAAUUAUCUUCUGGUCCAGAGAGUUUAUGUUCAUAUACUGACAAUCAUCAUCAUCAUCAUGCAUCAUCGAUCGAUUAUCAUCAUCAUCCGACACAUCGAAUUUCAUCAUCAUCAUCGUCAUCAUCAACUUCCUCGACUUCAUGUAGACCGACAACACUUUCCACUAAACAUACAAAUGAUAUAAUUAUUGAACAAAAUCAUAUGCUCUUAUAUAAUAAUACAACAAAUCAAUCAAAUAUAAAUUAUCGUAAACAAAUACAUCUUGUACCAGAAAUGUGUAUUACUGAUAUAACAGUUGAUGGUUUAACUAUAAGCAUUAAAGAAUGUAGUGGUCCAGGGAAUUUUUUCGGUAUACCAACUAGUCAACUUGUUCAAUAUGAUUAUUAUAAAAAUCAAUAUGUUUCCAGAUCAAAUGACUAUUAUACUACAAUACCUACUACAACUACUACAAUGACUACAAGUAGUACUGGAUUAAAAAUGACUAGUGCAUCUGUAACAACUACAACAACAACGACAACUACUACACGAUCGAUUAAACCGCUUUGUUUAAAUUUAAAAGAACAAAAUCUUUCUUCUGUAAUCAAAAAAAUCGAUACAUCCAUCGAUGAUAAUUUACUCAUGAUUGAUAGUACUAGUAAUAGUAGUACUACUAGUAAUCAUCUUACUACAAAAAAUGUAGAUAAUGUUAACUUGUGUGAUAUUGAACAAGGAACUGCAGAUAGCCAUUGUAAUGAUGUUAUGAAUCGUAAGUCUGUAAAAAAAAACUCACUCAGUCAAUAUGCCGAUGAGAAUGUUGAUCCUGAUCAACAGAUGAAAUGUAUAAAUUCUACUAGAAAUCAAUCAGAUGUAAAUAUAUCUGAUUGUUAUUCACAUUCCAUAUCACCGAUUCCCGCUUCUACAUCGUCAUCGUUGGAUACUAUAUGUUCAACUGUCAUUACCUCAUCGUCAUCAUCCUCCUCCUCAUCAACAUCACCAUCCUCUUCGACUGAUGUGAAUAAACCGCACUUGAGUACAAUUUAUGAAGAAACUGAAACAUCAUCUACAACUCUGUCCUCUGUAUUAUCAAUUGAAGAUGAACAUAAAAUUGAUAAUGAAAAUAUGAUAGCAAGAUGUUCUACACCAAAUGAAACAGUGAUUAAAUCAGAGAAUGAGUUAACAAUCAUUCCAUCACCUUCAUCAGUUAUUGUAAAUCAUACAUCAGCUCCUUCCUUAUCAACCCCAUCAUCAUCAUCAUCAUCGACAACAGCUGAUGUUGUUGUAUCGGCUAAUCAUUCAAAAUCUAUGUCAUCUUCCUCCUCCUCCUCCUCCUCUUCUUUUAUGUUAGCUGCUACAGAGGCUAUAAUGAGAAGCUCAUUGAAUUCACCAAGUUCACCAGGACUUUUAUUACCUCCUAGACGAUCAUCUACACCUAUUGAACAUAGUCCACCUUAUAUACCUGAAUUAUCAUUGAUAAAUUCAUGUAAAAAAUCAAAUUCUAAUGAAACGCUAUGUGAUUCUAAAUUGUCUUCACAAUUACAUGAAACAAAUAAUAUUAUGCAUACUACUAAUCAUACUAAUACUAAAAUCAAUAAUUCUAUUCCUCCAAUCACUAAUGGUAUUAAUAGUAUAACUAUAUGUACAUCAACUAGUAAAUCAUUGACAACAUUCACUACUACUCCUACUACUGCUACUACUACUACUAUCACUACUUAUAAUCAUAGUAAUUCAACUCGUAAAAGUUUAAAUUCAAAACCUAUUACUACAACUACAAAUACACGAAAUCGACCAAUGGCAACUAUAUUCGGUCAAGUACGUAAUCGUGGUACUACUACUACUACUAGUAUUAAAUAUUCAACUAAUACUGGAAUGAAUCUCUUGUCACCAAUAACAACUAUCAGUAAUACUAGUUAUGUAAAUUCUGUGGAAUAUUCUUCUUCUUCUUCGUCUUCUUCAUCUUCACGUAAAGCAUCAUCAUCCUCUGUGAAAUCAAAGUAUACAUCAUCAUCAACAACAACAACAAAUAACUGGGAUCAUUUAAAUUGUGUUACUACCACAACUACUACAUCAAAACCUAUCGGUAUGAUAAAUGCAUCACAAAUGAAUACGAAUCGUGUCAAAAUCAACAAUGAUCCUGAUAAUAUUUAUACUUUUCCUGGUGAAUCACCUACAUACACAAUUAAUAAUACUUGUCGUCUGGAUAUUACAUCACCAUCAUCACUCUCAUCAUCAUCUCCACGUAUCGAUUCGAAAAAUACUAACAAUACUUGUAUACGAUUUAAAUCCACUAUGAAACAAAAUCAUUGUUUACAAAGAAAUCAAGAAAUGAAAAAGUCUAUUACUUCAUCGUCAUCACCGUCAUCAUCAUCAUCAUCUGUUACAUCAGUCUGUUCAACAACAAGAACACCAAUCACAUCCUCACCAUCGCCAUCAUCAUCAUCAUCUUCAUUAUUGUCAACAACAUCGACAACAAUUCAAUCAGAUUUUAUGAUGAAAACAUUAUCACCAUUUUUCAAUUAUUUACCUACAUUAUCUUCUUCAAAUAUUCACUCGACUAAUGUUACAUCAUUAGAUCAACAAGGUCAAAGUACAUCUGUUAUUGAUAAUCAACUAUACAGUAAUAAUCCUAAUAAUAUAUCAUCAUCAUCAUCAUGUUCACAUAAAUCAAAUUCCAAUAAUCAUUCUACAUUAACUGCAGCUGUUUGUUUACAACAAUUACAAAUGCAAAUGAUGUGUUGUUGUGCCAAUAAUCCAACAGCAAUGGCUGCUAUAGCAUUUAAUGCUUUAAAUGGAUUACCGACAAAUUCAAUUUUAUCAAAUGUCAAUUAUUCACCAUUUCAUAUGAAUUCAUCUAUUAGUAGUAAUUCAAAUGUCAGUAAUAAUAAUAAUAAUAAUAAUAGUAGUAGUAGUAAGGGUAUAGUAACGGCGACGCCGACACCGACGUCGACUACUGGUACUAAUAAUACCCCAACGAAUACUACUACUAUUCAUAAUAGUAACAUGAAUACUUCAGAAUGGUUAACAUCCAAUAAUAAUAAUAAUAAUAAUAGUAACAGUAAUGAGAAUAAUUUCCCAAAUACAAUUUAUCCUAUGGAUAUGAUGAAUUUUACCUUACCUAUUAAUAAUAAUAAUAAUCCAUCAUCUAUGUUAUUCUUACCAAAUGAACAUGGAUUUUUAUUAAAUUCUUGUGGAAUACCAUAUAAUUCUUGUGUUACUAAUAGUAAUAAUUGUAAUCAGAGUACUAAUAAUUCUACAAAUUUUAGUAUAUUUACACAAUUAACCGAUUAUAUUGAUGGAUUUUCAUUAGGUGAUAAUAGUAAUAUGUUCAAUUCAUCUUUGUCAUGUAUACCAUCCACUGGAUAUCAUGAUUUAUUCAAUUUGAAUAAUAUACAUUUAUCAUCUGGCUUGGAUACAAAGUCACUAGUACCAUCAGCCUUAACAACAGCGACAACAACAACGCUGGUGAAUAAUAACCAACUAGACAAUUCUGAUUUACCGAUUGAUUUGUCAGCGAAAAGAUAAUUUUGACUUUGUAUAGUUGUGGUUAAUUUUUCCUUUUUGCACACAAUACUCACGUGCUUUCAUUGUAUAUAGAUAUAUAAAUAAUUUUAAUCCUAUAUAUAUAUAACAUUCAGAUUUCUAUUUCAUAAUUUAUCUCUAUGAUGUAAUAAACUGCAUCCAGUCGAUUUCCUCUGAGAUUUAUUUCAUUUUGUGUUCAUCUA